AUGGCACUAGAUUGUCGCAUCGAUAAAACGCUAGAGCGGUAUAAAUGUAUGGUGUGUGAGAAGAAAUUUCAAGAUGGGUAUGAUCUACGCCGACACCUGGUGGUGCACACGAAAGAUCAGCCAUUUCUCUGUCAUAAAUGUCCCCGAAAGUUUACUCAGAAAACUAGUCUUAACAAACAUUUGCUUAUUCAUGAGAGGUUAAGAAAUUUCCAGUGCUCUUAUUGUCCGAUGAAAUUCGUUCAGAAGGUCAAUCUGAAUACACACAUUAAGCAAGUCCACUCGCAGUCCAACGAUCCAGAUGAUGUUCGUUAUCAUUGCAAAAAAUGUCCAUCAGUAUUUAAAAGAAAUGGUCUCCUAAAGAUCCAUCGAGCACGAAUUCACGGUGAGAUGGUGAUGCUGGAUUCCUGGGUGAAACCUACUUCGAAUGUGAGUCGAACAGCUACUUCGUCAAGCGAUGAGUCAAUGGAGGGUAGCGAAAUUGGUGACAAAUCAAAUCAUACGUCCGACGAAGAAAGUGAAAUAAUGCACAAGAUAGUACACAGUCGCCGAUCUGAGCAUAUGUUAGGCAAAACUAAAAGCCGUCAGCAUGUGUGCAAUAUAUGCCAGGCAGCAUUCAUAAAAAUAGCUCAUCUAUCGCAACACUUAACUUCACAUCUAGGAAUUCGGGCAUACCGGUGCAAUGUUUGCAAUAAAUCAUAUGCCAGCAAACAGUCAUAUGAUAAUCACAUAAAACUGCAUUCACAGUCCAUCCAGCAAUUUAGUUGUGACAAAUGUGAAGAAACUUUCAACAGAAAGGCAACCUUGAAAAGACAUACUGUGCUGCACGAAGGCUUGAAGCAUAUUUUCCGUUGUCCGUAUUGCCAUAAAAGCUUCCGUUGGACCCACAAUUGUAAAGCGCAUAUUCAAAUAUUUCAUUCAACAGAAACAUCUCAGGACGAAUCUCUGCUACAACCAAUAAAGGAAAGCACAAACGAAAAGCAAACAGUGACUACGAAUCAAACAAAUGAGUCGUAG